AUAAAUAAGUUUUCAUAGAAGAAAUGUGAAUAUAUUAGGGUGAAUUAUAUUUGUUUUAAAUUCUCUGAGUUUGUUUCUCUGUAUGUAAGUGGAACUUACUCUUGACAAGUAGUCGUCCAAUAGACUAGAAAAGGACACUGACAUGGCAACAAGACAACAGCAGCCUGACAGAAGGACGGAAACAGACAAUAAAAUUAGAGGCCAAAACAGAAAUAGCGAUGAAGAAAAGAGAGGAAGAGUAAAAGAGAUGGAAAGGCAGAAAGAACUAGAGAGAAUCAAACGCCUCAGCUUAGACGACAAGAGGACAGAGGCGGAGAGAAGAAAAAGAAAAGAAUACGAAAGACAGAAAGAACUUGAGCGAAGAAGAAAAGCCAGCGAUCCACGGCUGAAAGAAACAGAGAGACUAAAACAGCAAGACAGAAGAAAGGAGGAGGAGGCGAGAAGAAGAAAGAAAGAAUAUGAAAGGCAGAAAGAAUUAGCGAGGCGAGAAGAAGAAAAACAAAGAGAGUAUAGCUCUGAGGAGGAAGAUGAAGACGGGAAAAGUUCCCGGACAGAAACAGCAAGGGCUGAUUAUGAGGCAGAGGGACUUGCCUAAAGUUUAGGACUCCCGUAUAAUGCUUGAUUGACAACAAAACAAAAACUCUCGAAGAAGAGAUAUGUGAUGCAAAAGGAACAACGUUAUCAUCUUGCACAGAUAUCUGUCGUUAUCACAUUUUGCAUUCUGUAAUUUUAUUUAUGUAUAUGUUUUCAUAUUAUAUGUAAUCCAGACCUGUUUAAAUUGUUCUGUGAGCGUAUG